UAGACUAAAAUAGCUGUUGGGAUUUAGUUAACGCCAACUGGCCACUCUGGUUGCCGUAUUGUUUAUAUAGUUGCAAUAGCUUAGCCGAACAAGAAUGCAAUGUGGCGAUAUCAGUUGCUGAUAAGCACUGGGACCCUGCAACACACAACCUCCAAAUCCACAUCCGCCUCCGCCACCCGACGACAAUGACGGCCACCAAGAAGCGCCUGAAGAUUGUGGCGGCCGCCUUGCUGGUCAUCCUGUUCCUGGUCUACCUAUACCGGGCGAUCAGCGUUUCGGCGGGCGGGAUGUCCUCCAUUUCCGCCGGCGAGGAGGUUCAGGCCCGCUGGCCACCCACGGAGAGCCCUCUGCAGAGAAGCCUUCAGAUGGCCUACGAAGAGCAAAAUUUACUGAUCCGCGAGCAAAAGGCCGAACUGCAGCGCACUAGGGAGCAGCUUGCCCAGUUGGAGGAGCAGAUUCGUAGUCUGCAGACCAGUACACCGCGAAAGUACCGGAAGGUUAAGUACCUCAACUACAAGAACCGCAAACGCAUCCUGAUCACUGGAGGAGCAGGCUUCGUGGGCUCCCACCUGGUGGACGACUUGAUGGUCCAGGGUCACGAAGUCAUCGUGGUGGACAACUUCUUCACGGGACGCAAGCGGAAUGUGGAGCACUGGCUGGGACACGAAAACUUCGAGCUCAUCCACCACGACAUUGUAAAUCCUCUGUUCAUAGAGAUUGAUGAGAUUUACCACCUGGCUUCGCCAGCCUCGCCCCCGCACUACAUGUACAAUCCGGUUAAGACCAUCAAGACCAACACCAUGGGUACCAUCAAUGUGCUGGGACUGGCCAAGCGUGUGAUGGCAAAAGUUCUGAUAGCAAGCACUUCGGAGGUUUACGGAGAUCCCACGGUGCAUCCGCAACCUGAGACCUACUGGGGCCAUGUGAAUCCCAUCGGACCAAGGGCUUGCUACGACGAGGGAAAGCGCGUCUCCGAGACUCUGAGCUAUGCGUAUGCCAAACAGGAAAAGGUUCAAGUGCGCGUGGCGCGCAUCUUUAACACUUACGGACCCAGGAUGCACAUGAACGAUGGACGUGUGGUGUCCAACUUUAUACUCCAGGCGCUUAGAAAUGAAACCAUCACGGUGUAUGGAAAUGGCAAGCAAACCCGCUCCUUUCAGUACGUUUCGGAUCUGGUGGAUGGAAUGAUAGCCUUAAUGGGAUCCAACUUCACACAGCCGGUGAAUUUGGGCAAUCCUGUGGAGCAGACUAUCGGCGAAUUUGCCGAGAUCAUCAAGCAACUGGUCGGCGGGCCCAGUGUGAUAAAGCAAACGAAAGCCAUGGAAGACGACCCGCAGCGCAGAAAACCGGACAUAACGCGUGCCCGGCAGUAUCUCCAAUGGGAACCAAAGGUUCCCCUUGAAACUGGACUGCAGCGGACCAUCUCCUACUUUCGAAACGAACUAGCGCGCAGCGACCGUUUCCAGGAAAGCUCCAACAAGUACUUCGAUACACCGUAGAAUUAAUUGGGAUUAGCUUUAGUUAAUGAUGAUGCAAAGUCUCUAGUCUGCAAAUGUAAAUAUGACCAUCGAUAGCACUAAUUGUAAGCCUUUAGGACCACGCGAAAUUUUUAAGGUCAUGAGCAUGGUUCUUUUUGUGAAGUUUUGAACGUAGGGUUUGUUGUAAGAAACUGGGAGCCAAUGGUGUACAAAUGCGAUCAAAUUUAUAGCACUGAAAUUAGGGAAUAUCAUUUGAAGUGUUGAAUAAAUUCACAUUUAUUGAAUCACAUUUAAACCAUCUAAAAUAACAUUAACUUUUCUGAACAGACAAGUAGAGCCUAACGAGAAAACCCAAACGAAAACUAAAAUUCUGAGAAUUAUAAAGGAAUUCCACAAAAGACUUAACUAAAGGAAACUGUUUUAGGUCUUUACAAACAUUAGUAAUUUAAUUAUUUUAUUGUAUAAGUCUCUAAAGUGCUAUUUUGUUUGACCGCAUGUGCACCACAUAAACAACAAAAUCACUGGGGCAUAUGCAACUAAAAAACCGUAUAAUCGUUCGUAAUAAAUUUUCUACAAAGUAGAAAUGAGCCCGAAUUUCAUCAGAAGGUUAUGAAUAGCAUAUCAAAACCAGUGAGAAUUAAUUUGAACAAAUUAUUGGAGAACUGUGACUCAUUUACAAUUCGUGGUGGACAAAAAACACCUGUAUGCGCCUUUAUCCAGUGUUAACACGCCCCGAUUCUAGGCUUAAGUAGGUUUUUGAGUUGCUGUAAUUGGUAGGCCAUUAAAAAGAGGUUUUUCUCUGCAAACUAAUCUAA